AUGUGGGUCAAGCUUCUCACCGCUACGACUGCCGCUUCGGCCUUUCUCCACGAGUCUGUGGCCCUCUCUACCAAGGAAAGACGUAUCUACAAGGGCGCAGACAACUUCAUGUACUGGGCCGACGGUACGCCGGUCGACUGGAGCGCGGCGCUCCCACCUCUGGCGCGCACGCUCGCCGUUGAGUCGCUGCUGGCGCGUCAAGAUCCCACUACCAACGAAGACUCCCCUGCUGUCGAAUGCAGGCGCAACGGGUCGUUGAGCGAGCGAGGAUGCGGAGAGACUUGCAACGUCAAGACGAUCCGCUCUGUCAGCGACACGACUGGCUGGUCCGUCAAUGGUGGCGGCAGAAUCAAGGGUUGGAUCAGCGGCGGAUUCACCGUCACUCAGUCGCACACGGUCGGCGAUACUAAGGCCUGCGGUGGCAGUCCAGGCGAUCGAGUCUGCAUCUGGUACCAGACUGAUCUGGCGGCAUACACUGUCCAGAACAAGAAGACCUGCAAGUAUGAAGGCACCAGCUACGGUCGAGCGGAUGUCAUGUUUUCGCCCAACAGUCGCCAAUGCGGUCUCGAAUAG